UCUGCCCUCACCCAAAAUGGCCGCGGCCGCGUCCGUCCAUCCCUGAGGCGGGACCAGCGCUGAGGGCGCGGAACGCGGAGGCGGCCGCGGGUCCCUUUAGAACGCGGCUGGAGCCCGGGCAGCGAGGUUUCAUGAGUCAAACUGGGCUGUUGGGAGUUUCUUUUGAAGAUGUACAUGUUGGUUGAAAAACGCACAAAUUCCCAUCUUCAUCUAAAGAGGUCACCUGGCAUCCGAUCCUGGUCUCUCUGUGUUGGAAUAGCCUCCAUAGGUUUGGCUGCUGCUUAUUAUAGUGCAGACAGCUUGGCAUGGAAGCUCUUUUACAUGGCUGGGUGUUUCUUUGUGGCAGCCCAGAAUCUGGAGCAGUGGGAGGAAGCUGUAUUUGAUAAGAACAAGGGAACAAUCUGCCUAAAAACAUUCAACCUCUACAAAAAAAUACUGACUUUGUCAAAAGGAGGCAAUGAACAAGUGGUGGCUGUGCUGAACGAGAUCCGCGAUGUGAACGUGGAGGAGGAGACCGUGCGCUAUUUUGGGAAGGGUUACCUGGUUGUGCUGCGCUUUGUCACUGGAUUCUCACACCCGCUCACCCAGAGUGCAGUGCUGGGCUGCAGAAGUGAUGUGGAAGCAGUUGCCAAACUCAUUACGAGUUUUCUGGAACUGGACAGAGUGGAGACCCCACAAGAUUUCUCCCAGAGCAGCGAAACAGAGGCAAGUGAUGCAGAUGAACCACAGGUUAAAUAGUGAUAUUCAUUGUGAACUGAAGCAAGCAGAAGCUUUCACACAUCUGGAAAAUAUUCUAAUAGCUCUUCAAGAAAAGAAAUCCCUCACAGCCUUGAUCUGGGCAUUUCUCAACACGUGCAUUUACAAUGAGUGGAAUCUGUCUUAGGGCACACUGUUUAGUGCUAAACUGCUUCAGGACCCUGCAUGUGGACACUGCUGGCUUUUGAACUUUGUCAGUUUAUCAAACUUGUCUAGGAAUAGUUAUUUAUUAAUGAAUCGUUUUGAAAUAAUUGCUUUUCCAUUAAUGAAGUGAAGAUACAGAUGUGAACUUCUGCUUACUGCAAACAUUUGCUGCAGGUACGGUAUAUGCAAUGUAGAAGAGUUGAAUUUGUAACUCAUAACACAAUACUUUGAGGUUUCCCUUUCAAUAUAUGCAAUUAGGAGAUGCAGAGUAGUGGCACUUUUAUGUUCUCUACUACUGACUUCCCACUGGGUAUCUGUGGAAAUUAAAGUCUGAGUGCCUCUUGGAAUUCUAAACAUCAGGUUGAUCAACCUGUAACGGUGUCUUAUCUCAGAUUCACCAAGAAGCCAUAAAUAGCAAAGGAAAAAUGAUCAUGAUGAAACAUAUUUGGGAUGUUCUACCUUAAUCUUGCUCUGCUUAACUUCUGGGCAGGACAGAACAAUCUUUUUCUCAACCUCAAUGUUUACUUUUUAAGCUGUGUGUUUAGAAAGGAAGAAGGGACACGUGUUACUUUAGGUAGGGAGAAGACUGAUGUCAAACAAGGUGGUAGCCUAGAGUUGUUGAGUAUUUCCUCACUUGAAAUGAUACCGAAGUGCUAAAUAAUAACUUUUUUAAGGUAGCUGGCAUAGAUUAAAUGUUUGACUUGUACCUGUUUUACUCCAGGUGUCUGGUGUCCUCUGUUCUGAAUGGUUUCACAAAUAGUUAAAAUACAAAAUUUUUCAAGAUACUUCUGAAGUAAAAGCUACCUCUCUUAGUCAAAAUAUUCUGUCUAGAACUAGAACUCCAUCAUGCUUACAUUAACAUGUCAGUACAAGAAAAAAUUGUAAAAAGCUGCAAGUUCCUUCAGCAUGCUACAGCUGCUUGUACUGAAGUUCACUAUGUUUUAUUUAGGAAUCUUAGGGUCUUUAGACCUGAUUUAGAAAAUAUUUACACGGUUACAUCUAGGAGAUCUGAACAGGGUACAAGGUAACUGUGUUGUCUGCUUUCACCGUUGGCAAGCAGCAAAUGUCUCCUAGAAGGAGUUUCUUUAAGAUUUAAGGAUUUGAGAGCCUAUUCUUGUUUCCAAUCACUCUACCUCUACAGAGAGAAAGCUCUGAAAAGUUUUUGGUGGAAACCUCAUUCUGUUCUGUGUUCCAAUUUGGUCUGAAGCUGAGCACCUGCUCAUGAAGGAACAGAUUUCCCUUCCAGACACUCAGGCUAGGAUGUGAGCAGAGAGGCAGAGGCUGGUACUGUCAGUGGAAAGUACUCACACUGCAGCAGGGACAUGGCUGUUGACGUAGCUUGCCUGCAGCACAGAACCAGGUCUGUUUUCUUUAAAUAAGAUAAAAAACUUGUAAUCACAUCAGGUACCAGUACAGACCUCUGCCAAUACACAUUCCUGAAAGUGCUCUGAGUGUUGGGGUAAUCAUGGGACUUUCUGUGCCUACCCCACUCCACUGGAACUGGGAAGCUGCUCUGUAUGAACGUGGGAAAAUUAGGUUGGAGGCAAUUAGCUAAAUUUGCAUUUAUUCUUUAAGCACAGCUGUAAGCUAAGCAUAAUCAGCAAACCUGUUUAAAAAAUAUUGCAGGGUGUAACACUUUGUAUACAGAGUUCCUCAUUUAAAUCCACUGGAUGUGUACCCCAGGUGAUGCUCAUUUUACAGAGAGGAGAAUGAGAUUGGGGAUUUGGAGGACUCUUUUCCCCCCACCCCCCACAGCAUAAAAUGAGAAUGGUGAGUGUUCUAAGGACUUCCAGUAGGAAUUACUGUCCUAGAGUACAUAAUGGUACAAUGUAAGCACAAGGACUCAGCCUGUGGUAGCUGCUGCUUUAUAUCAAGGAUAUUCAGAGGGCAUUCAUGGUGUGCAUUGCACUUACUCUGAGCCCGAGGAGUGGACCAUGAUAAAAACAAAAAACUACCUGCCUUCAGUCUCAGCUCUACUGGUUUUCAUUUGUAUUCCCAUGAGGACUGACAUUCCAUGGAAUAUCUAAACCACGCUGUAGUUCUCCAGUUUAAAAUCGGCUUUUGAGAGGUACAUCUGUUGGUCUGACCCUGCACUGCAUCCUGUGUUCUGCUUCUGCUGAGCUGUAGUGCAUCCAGCUUGCUGUGCAUUAAAGGUGAUAGUCAUGUCUGUACUUACAGACUUUGCCAUAUCUUAUACAAAGACUAAAACAACAGAAGGAGAAUUCACAAUCUAUAGAAAGGGGAAUGACCUAUAGUAAGGUACAAUGUAACUUGAAAUACAUCUUGUGGAGUAAGUUGCAUGUUGGGUUGAUGUCAGUGAUCACCUCUUUAGAGGUGUUUUCCAGUAUCCUCCUCACUCCUCAUUAUCCUGCUGUGUGAGGCAGGAGAGGGAUGGCUGCUGCCAUGCACUGUGUGUCUAGGAGGAAUAUUUUGUCUCCUCAGCCUUUCCCUUGGCGCAGCUGGUGCCAUCCUCUCAUGCCAUUUCCAUUUUGCAUUUGGCAGCUGUCACUGUACUAACAGGUACAGUUUCAGUGGGAACCUGUGUUCUGUAGCCUGAGCUAACAGUUUGGCCCUGAGGACAUUGUGCCAGGCUGUGGGUGCUGCCUGUGGGGAUGUGUCAGGCACUGCUGGCUGAUUCACCCGGCCUGUGUGAUCUGUCUGAGCCCCUGAGCUUGGCAGUGGGACACUGCACCAGUGUUAGCACAGGCUGAGGGGGUUUUCUCUUGUAUUUCUCUUGAUCCACAUCUGGAGCUUCUUGUCCCCAAAAACUUCAUCAUUUAUAGUUGGAAGACAUGGCCAGAUGCAGUGCAGUAACUGUGCAUGUAGAAUUAAUUCAGAAUUGCCAUGCACAUGGAUUUGGUAAUGGCAAUGUCUGUGCACUCCUCAGAAAUGGGAUCAGCUUGAAGAACUGUGGAAAGCAGGUACUAACUCAGGACAGGUUCCACUCUUCCCUCUUUGGAUGAGUCCUGUCUCAUCCUCCUUUUCUGCCACUUCUCACCAUUCUGCUGAAGGCAUUCCUGGAUGGUUUUCCUCACUUCCCUUGGGCCCAGCAGUCAAAAGCCCAGUAAACAGAGCCUUUUAUGUGCUUGGUGUCAAGUGACUUGGACUCAAAGGCAUGAUGUGAAAGAUUAGUUUUGGUUAGAAAAUUAGGUACUCCUAGAAGACUGUUACAGAUGUAGUCAUUGACUUUUGCAUCUCAGGCUAUCUAGAGACUUGUGCCUGGAGAGCUGUAGUUUGCAUGACUUACAAAUGAUUUAAAAACCUGCACAGCAGACCUUAGGUUAGAUCUAGCACCCUGACCCCUAAAACCAAGCCCUUUUGUCAUGUCCUUUCCUGUAAUUGUAUGGUGUCAUUUAGCAGAUGCUUCAGCUCGUGCUUGAGCAGCACAGGCAGCUCCUUGCAUGGCUGUGGUGGGAUGGGGUUGGGGCUGUGGCUGCUGCAGCGAGCAAAAGCCAGAGUGCAUCUGUGCAGAGGGAGAGCACUGCUUUGUGUAAGGUGUAACCUCAUACCCCACUGCUUCACAAUGAAACAUUCCAUACCUGCCAUCAACUGUGCAAGUCUCAAAGAAAAUCCAAAUAUUUAUAGUUGAGAUCUGACUCUCGGGCUGCAUUUAUGAAGUUACACAGAUAGCAAAACCUCAGUUGGCUCACAU